AUGGAAAAUCAGUAUGUACGAAAAAGAGAAGAUAUUGAAGAACAAAAAGUAAUUAAAGGAGGAAACCUUGAAACCGCAUUGCCUGUUUCCAAUCGACAGCCUAAUCCACAGUUGGUUCCUAUUCGUCCACCGUCUUUAGACCCUGAAUCUUCGAAAACGAGAGUUUCUAAAAUAAUGAGACAUGCUAAUUUUUCAACGAUACCUCCAAAGUCAAGUUUAACAAAAUUUCAUACAGGCUUUCAUGGAGAAUUAAGUAGUAGUUAUGUAAAACUAGAAACGAAAAAUCCUUCCAACGGAGGCAAUAAGACCAGUCAAAUUACUACAGGAACGGUUUCCUCAAUUAUGCCACCGGCAAAUAUUUCGACCGUCUCCACUUCGGAUAUCGCUCCAAUGACACCCAUGGCUCCUCCUCAUACAACUGCUCCUACAUACAUUAAGGUCUUUCCCGCAGAAAAAACGGUAAAAGUUACGAAUAAGUCUAAACUUGUUAAAUUUUCACCAAAGACAACAGCAGAUGAUGAUGAAUCCGCAGUCGAAUCCAAAGUGCCAACAAAAUAUGAAAUCAUUAAUGGUGAUGAAAAAACUAAAGGAACAACAUCAAAGAAACGAAAGUUAGAGAAUGAGUCGUUAAAUGAAAAAAGAUUCGCUUGUCCGAUAUGCAACAGACGUUUUACGCGUAAAUUCAACAUGCAGACUCACCAACUUACUCAUGAAGUUGAUCGAGUGAAACCUUUUCUUUGUAGUUAUCCGGAUUGUGAACAUCGUUUCACGAGAAAACACGAUCUUAAGCGUCAUAUAUACGGUAUUCAUGAACUUCCUGAACACGAAUUUAAAUGUUUUAAUUGUAGUAGAACCUUCACUAGAAAAGAUGCUUGUAAGAGGCAUUCACUUACAUGUCAUUUAUUUGAGGAAAUUCCCGAAUAUGAAAUUCAAGAAAGAAGGAGGCGUAGACCUACUUCAAAGACCAAAUAUGCCAAAUAUGAUCGGGAAAUUAGUUUUGGACAACAAGGUACGCGUUAUGUUGUUUCAACAAAUAAUUUUGUGGAUGGAUUGGAAAAUAAAAUCUACUUUUUCAAUAUGUCGACAGCAAUCACAACUUUAGAUCAACGUGCCUUGUCUUCAAAUACCAUGAAACAUUCAACAGAGGACUUAGUUAAUUCUUUAGAUUUUGAAAGUUCUUCAUCAUCAACAAUUGAAACAGUGGAUAAUUUGAUGGAUGAACCGAUGCCUGAAGAAUCGAUCGAUCAAAUGUUUGAGGGAGAUAUUAAUGGUAAAAUGUGA